GGGUCUGCAGCCCCCCCCAGCCUGCCCUGUCCCCCUCCCCAGCCCUGCCGUGCCAGCUGCACCCCAGCCCCCUGAAGCGCUCGCUGCUGCCCGGCAGCCCCCAGCCCGGCCCGGGUGGCGACUGGGCGGGCUCGGGGGGUCCCGAGGAGCCCCCCGCCGCCCCCCCCCGCGGGCCCCCCCCGGCCUUCGGGGAGCAGCACGCCCCCCUGUCCCCCCAGAGCAGCGUGGCCUCGUCGGGCAGCGAGCACACCGAGGAGCCCGGCGGGCGCAACUCCUUCCAGGAGGACGGCAGCGGCAUGAAGGACGUCCCCUCGUGGCUGAAGAGCCUGCGGCUGCACAAGUACGCGGCGCUGUUCGCGCAGAUGAGCUACGAGGAGAUGAUGACGCUGACAGAGCAUCACCUGGAGUCCCAGGUGGGCACGGGGGCACUGGGGG